UGGACGUUUCAUGAAAAGUUAGUUCUCGAACGAUUAAUUAAAUUUGAAAAACGGUUAAAACAGAUUCAGAAUUUAUUCGAAAUCGCAAACGAGUAUUCAAAAUUAGAGCGGAUUGAAAUAGCCGGUUUCAAAGGUAAAGUAUUGGUCGACAAAAUAAACCAAGUAUACAAUGAGUUUAUAAAAAGUUAUAACGAAUUGGGAGCUGUGGAAUAUGACAUUCUAUUUCCGGAGGAUGAUAAAUUUUUAAAUGACAUCACCAUCUUUUUAAAUAAAGUUAAUAUUUUGACAGUGACACUUUGCCGUUUUCAAAUAAAGAUAAAUUGACUAAUAAUUGUUGGAUUUAUUUAGGUUGAAGAAUAUGACAGAAAACUCGCUUCUAUAUUUGAUAAGGCUUUUAACGAGUGUCACGAUAUUGAAAAAAUGAUAAAAUUAAUUUUUAUAAUUGAUCCAAUUUCUCAAAGGCCAAGUAUACAAUCACAAUUAUGGGAUAACUAUGAAAAAUUGCUGUCGCUUAUUCACAAUUAUCUUGAUGAAAUUAAGAUUGUGUUCGAUAAUAAUUUUGGAGUAGAAAAUACAAUUUGUAUAAAAGAUGAUGAACAUUUUCCACCAGUAGCUGGUAAAUUAUGCUUGCUAAUGAAAUUACAACGUCAUAUUGAUUAUCCUAUAGAAUCAAUUAAAUUAAUUAAUCAUCCGAUAUUUGUAACGCAAUCUGGACUAGAUAUUAUAAAUAAACACGAUGAGAUUCAAACAUUAUUAUAUGAAACCGAAAAUAAAAUAUUUACCGAGUGGUCUGACACAGUACCGAAAAUUUGUCAUGAAAAUUUAAUGAAACCUCUUUUUGUUACUGACAAUAAUAGACUAAAGUCAAAUUUAAAUCCUGAAAUUGAAAUUAUUUUGAAAGAAACAAAAUAUAUGAUUAUGUUGGAAAAAAAUAAUUUACCAAAAGAAGCCGUCGAUUUGUUUACGAAAACAAAAUUUUUUGUUGACACUAAAUAUAAUAUUAAUCUGAUUGUUAAUUGGUACAACGAAAUUCGAUCGAAAUGCUCAGACGUAGAGUUUGAAUUAUUACAAGAGGAAAUACAAAUGAUUGAUGAUAUGAUUGAUGAGGGACAGAUUAAUUAUAACUGGAACUCACCAGAAAUACCAGAUUAUAUUAAUAAGUUAUUAAUACUUGUGAGGAAUUUGUAUUACCGUAAAUUGAAAGCCGUUAAUAAUAUCGAUGAUUUAAUGAAGAGUAUAAACGAGUGGGCAAUGGCGCCGAUUUUGGAACGCAAAGAUAAUAAAGUUGAGAAUUUAAUUGCGGUUGGAGAACGUAAAGAAAAAUUUGAAAGACGCUACAGCACUAUUGAGCGGACGGAAGAAGAAAUAAAACGUAUUUUGGAUGAAAAUUAUAAGCUGUAUUUAAAUAUUUUACCUGAAUCAGCCUACGUCGCAAGCGACUCAGAGCUGGAUUUAAGUUUAUUAAAUAAUGAUAAGCGCACUGUAAAUGUAGAUGAGGGAAUCGCAAAUCUCAAUGAAUUUAAUGGAAAUGCGGGUUUUGCAAAGAGCGGAAUCGUAGGAGAAAAUGAAGAAAUUAAUGAUGCAGUUACAAAUGGUGAAAUGACGAUAACGGAAAUCUCGACAAAGGAUAAUGGAACUGAAGAAGAUUCAGAACUCAAGGCAAUUAGACUAGUCAAGUGGAAACCUUAUCUUAUUUAUAUUGAUCAAUUGAUAUCCAAAGCUUUGAUACAAGCUGUUUCAACUAGUGUCUGUUACAUACUAGACGAAACUGAUCCACAAGCCGAUGUAUAUCCGUUAUUUGAGGUAAAUCUAUGUUUAGAAAUUCCAAAUAUCAGUUUUCAUCCUCCUGUCGAGAUAGAACACCCCGAGGGAUUCUACGGGUUUUACGAAGGCUUAUUGUUUAAUAUUAUGAAAAUGGGAACAUUGAUAACUCGUUUAGAUCCCGACAAAUUCGAACAACAAGAACAUUAUGGACUUGACUUAGUUGAAGACGAGCGAAUAGUAUUUAUGUUAGAAGAAACUUGUAACCGAGUUAAGGAAGCACUAAUUCAAGCUCAGGAAUACGCUGCGAUAUAUGAGACAUACAACUGGAUAUGGCUCAACGACAGACAAGAGUAUCUCAAUUUUUUUUUACGUUACUCGAAAAAUUUAAACGCCGAAAAUGAAUCAAAAAAUAAAUCUGCAGUUAAUUUAUCAGAACUAAAAGAAAAGAAACCUGAGCUAGUGGAUUUCAAACGUGAAAUUGAUUAUUUUAUUGAGCUAUAUAAUAAAUGUAAUGAAAUUGAGAAUGAAAAAAUUUUAUGUCGUUGGUUUAAGAUCAAUAACAAAUUAUUCAAGCAAACAUUAUUGAAUACUAUUUGUAAAUGGUCUAAUAUUUUGAAGACACACCUCGUCGAUCAUGUGGACAGUAGUUUGAAAGAAUUGUCAGAAUUUCUGCAAGAAGCUACUAGCAGAUUUAAUCAGCCAAUUUUAGAAGAUGACUAUGAAGGUUUAUUACAAACGAUGUACUAUUUGAAAGAAGUUAGAGAUAAACAGUACAAAAUUGAUGGAAUGUUUGAUCCAAUAAAAGAGACCAUAAAUUUGUUGGAACAAUAUCAAGUAGAAUUCAGCGAACAAACUCAUCAAUGGCUCGUUGAGCUUCCAGAAUCAUGGACAACUGUAAAAAAAUUAGCUGCGCAAGUAAAACAACAAGUAGCGCCACUUCUAGCUCAUCAAGUCGAUCUCAUAAAAAAACGACUAAAUUAUUUUGACUUCAAACAACAGCAGUAUUAUAAAAAAUUCCUCAAUAAUAAAUUAUUCAGCCCAGACUGCGAGAACGUUUAUGAAAAUCUCGACAAAUUAAAUUCAGAUGUAAAUGAACUUGAAUCUGAGCUGAAAACACUCAAAUCUUCAGCGGCAAUCCACGAAUUGCAGGUUCAAGAUUACAAAGAAAUAAACCAAUUGAGACGUCAACUUAAAUUAUUAAAAUGCCUUUGGGAUUACGUUAUCGUUAUAACAAGUAGUUUAAAUGAAUGGAAUACGACGACUUGGAAAAAAAUUGAUGUCGAAGGAAUGGAUCUCGAGUGUAAAAAGUUAAUCCGCGAACUACGAUUGUUAGAUAAAGAAUGCAAAUCGUGGGAAUUAUUUAAUUACAUCGAAGAUCAAGUUAAAAAUAUGAUGUCGUCGCUGAGAGCGGUAUCAGAGCUUCAAAAUCCUGCAAUCCGCGACCGCCACUGGCAGCAAUUAAUGGCAGAAACUCGAGUAAGAUUCACUAUGACUGACAAGACUACUCUCGAAGAUCUUUUGAAAUUAGAACUUCAUAAAUAUGAAGAAGAAGUUAAAAAUACCGUUGACAAGGCUGUCAAGGAAAUGGCGAUGGAGAAAAUAAUUAAAGAAUUAACCAACACCUGGGCUAAUUUGGAGUUUGAUAAAGAGUUUCAUGAAAGAAGUAAAUUAAAUACUUUGAAAAUAAGUGAGGAGACUAUUGAAAUUUUAGAAGACAAUCAGGUUCAACUACAAAAUAUGAUGAACUCAAAAUCGAUUGGUUACUUUGUCGAAAUGGUAAACGAUUGGCGGAAAAAAUUAAGCAACGCAGACGCGAUUAUCAACAUUUGGUUCGAUGUGCAACGUGCUUGGGUACAUCUCGAAAGUAUAUUUAUAGACUCAGAAGACAUUCGAAAACAAUUACCUGAAGAUACGAAACGUUUUGAAAUAAUUGACCGGGAUUUCAAAGAAUUGCUAAAGGAAAUGCUGGCAAAUCUUAAUAUAGUUAAGGCUACAAAUAGACCGAAAUUAUUGGAACGACUUGAAGAUUUACAAAUGCAAUUAAAUAUUUGCGAAAAAGCAUUGUUUAAUUAUUUAGAGAUGAAGCGGUUGGCGUACCCUAGAUUCUAUUUCAUAUCAUCUGCAGAUCUGCUUGAUAUUCUUAGCAACGGCAAUAAUCCAGAAUUGGUCUGCAAACAUUUAUCAAAACUAUACGACUCAAUAUCAAACUUAAAAUGGAAACUAGAGUCAGGAAAGCCAAGCAAACUGGCUGUCGGCCUGAUAGCAAAAGACGGCGAGGAAAUGGAAAUACACGGAGUGUGUGAUUGCAGUGGUGUCGUGGAAACCUGGUUGAACAUUUUGACUUCGACCAUGCAGAAGACCGUAAGAUACCACUUUAAUCAAGCGGUGACGUCUUACGACGAGAAACCCCGCGAGCAGUGGAUCCUGGACUACCCGGCCCAGCCCGCUCUCUGCGGCACCCAAAUUUGGUGGACUGCCGAGGUGAACAUGGCAUUCGCGAGGCUCGAAGAAGGUUUCGAAAGUGCACUCAAGGAUUAUCAAAAAAAACAAAUAAACCAAUUGAACACACUCAUAACAAUAUUGUGCGGCGAGUUGACCGAUAAUGAACGACAAAAAAUAAUGACUAUUUGCACAAUUGAUGUUCAUGCGAGAGAUGUUGUUGGUAAAUUAAUAGCAACUAGAGCUGAAAAUUCAUCAAAUUUCCAAUGGCAAUCUCAACUACGUCAUAGGUGGGACGACGGUAUUGGUGAUUGUUUUGUUAAUAUUUGUGAUGCAAAUUUUGCAUAUGGGUAUGAAUACCUAGGAAAUGUUCCGCGUUUGGUAAUAACUCCACUGACAGAUCGUUGUUAUAUAACACUGACACAAUCACUACAUUUAGUGAUGGGUGGAGCACCCGCUGGCCCUGCGGGAACUGGUAAAACCGAAACAACCAAGGAUUUAGGUCGUGCUCUGGGUCAAAUGGUUUAUGUUUUUAAUUGUUCUGAACAACUUGAUUACAAAUCGUGUGGAAAUAUUUACAAAGGACUGGCACAGACCGGAGCGUGGGGAUGUUUUGAUGAAUUUAAUAGAAUAUCUGUUGAAGUUCUUUCUGUGGUAGCGGUUCAAGUUAAGUCUGUCCUGGAUGGUAUUAAAAGUAGAAAAAAUAAAUUUAUGUUUUUUGGAGAAGAGUUGAAUCUUAUUAAUACUGUCGGGAUGUUCAUUACCAUGAACCCUGGGUACGCAGGAAGGACAGAAUUACCGGAGAAUUUGAAAACGUUAUUUCGACCAUGUGCGAUGGUGGUUCCAGAUUUCGAUUUAAUUUGUGAAAUAAUGCUCGUGGCUGAGGGAUUUCAGAAGGCACGUUUGUUGGCACGGAAGUUUAUAACUCUGUAUUCACUUUGUCGAGAAUUAUUGUCAAAGCAAGAUCAUUACGAUUGGGGUCUUCGUGCAAUUAAAUCAGUUCUAGUUGUCGCGGGUAAACUAAAACGUGACGAUCGUCAGCGUCCAGAAGAUCAAGUUUUAAUGAGAGCUCUACGUGAUUUUAAUACUCCUAAAAUAGUUACUGAUGACAUACCAGUAUUCAUGGGUCUCAUUGGUGAUUUAUUUCCCGCGCUAAAUGUCCCACGUAAACGUGAUAUGGAGUUUGAAAAAACCAUACGUCAAGCUGCGCUUGAUUUAAAAAUGCAACCCGAGGACGGGUUUAUUUUAAAAAUUGUUCAACUAGAAGAACUUUUGAAUGUCCGACACUCAGUAUUUAUUGUCGGAAUGGCCGGUACUGGCAAAACAAAAGUUUGGAAAUCUCUUUAUCGUACUUACGUAAAUAAAAAACUUAAACCCUGCUACAAUGAUCUUAAUCCAAAAGCUGUAUCCAAUGACGAACUUUACGGAGUUAUUAACCCAGCAACAAGAGAGUGGAAAGACGGUUUGCUAUCAAUAUUAAUGAGGGAUCAGGCAAAUAUGUCGGGUAAUGGACCAAAAUGGAUAAUAUUCGACGGUGAUAUUGAUCCGAUGUGGAUUGAAUCACUUAAUACUGUGAUGGAUGACAACAAAGUAUUAACAUUAGCGAGUAAUGAGCGUAUCGCGUUAACUAAAUCAAUGAGAUUAUUAUUUGAAAUAUCAAAUUUACGUACUGCGACACCUGCUACUGUUUCAAGAGCCGGAAUUCUGUAUAUUAAUCCACAAGAUUUAGGUUCAAAUCCAUUUAUCAUCAGCUGGAUCGAAACACGUAUCAAUGCAGAACGUGCUAAUUUGAUGAUACUAUUUGACAAAUAUUUGCCAUCAUUACUUGAAGUUACCAAAAUAAAAUUCAAAAAAAUUACACCAUUACCAGAAAUAUGUCAUCUACAAAUGUUGUGUAAUUUAUUAGAUUGUUUGUUGACAAAUGAUAAUUUACCGCCAGAAUGUCCGAAAGAGUGGUACGAAUUAUAUUUCGCAUUUGCUUGUAUUUGGUCCUUCGGUUCAGCGCUUUUUAAAGAUCAAUUAAUUGAUUGGCGGAAUGAAUUCAGUAAAUGGUGGGUCAGUGAAUUUAAAACAAUUAAAUUUCCCUCUGAGGGAACAGUUUUCGAUUAUUACAUCGACAAUGAAACUAAAAAAUUCGUUCACUGGAAAAAUAAAGUCGUUAAAUUCAAACUGGACAUGGACAUUCCGCUACAAUCUUCUUUGGUAUCAACCAGCGAAACUGCACGUCUGCGUUUUUUCAUGGAUAUGUUAAUGAAUAAAAAAGCCCCAGUUAUGUUGGUAGGAAGUGCUGGCUCAGGAAAAAGUGUUAUUGUUACCGACAAACUGUCUUCUCUUUCAGACAAUUAUAACGUCGCUAAUAUUCCAUUUAAUUAUUAUACUUCUUCUGAAAUGCUUCAACGAAUACUUGAAAAGUAUCUUGAAAAAAAAGCCGGCCGUAAUUAUGGACCGCCGGGAACUAAACAAUUGGUUUAUUUUAUUGAUGAUAUGAAUAUGCCGGAAGUUGAUACUUAUGGUACUGUACAGCCUCAUACACUUAUACGACAACAUCUUGACUAUAAUCAUUGGUACGAUAGAGUAAAAUUAACUUUAAAAGACAUCCACAAUACACAAUACGUAUCUUGUAUGAAUCCAACGGCAGGAAGUUUUACAAUAGACCCGCGCUUACAAAGGCACUUUGCUGUGUUCGCUGUCAGUUUCCCGAGUCAUGAAGCAUUGAUCACCAUUUACAGUCAAGUUGUGCAGCAACACUUUUCUAAUCCUCUGCAAAAAAUAGAUAACAAGUUACUGACAAUAGUAGAGCCGCUGAUAAAAGCAGCCUUGUAUCUGCACGACAAAGUGACGAGCACAUUUUUGCCAACGGCAACAAAGUUUCAUUAUGUAUUCAAUUUACGGGACUUAUCAAAUUUGUUUCAGGGCUACUUGUUUGCCAAUGGUGACACAAUUCCAAACUCGACAGAAGCUAUUCGUUUAUAUGUUCAUGAAGCUAGUCGUGUAUAUUGCGACAAGUUAGUUAAUUUUGAGGACAAAAGUGUGUUUGAAAUUCUCAUCCAUGAAACGCUGAAGAAAAAUAUUAACGAUUUAGAUGAGUCAUUAGUAUUUGAAAAGCCAUUAAUAUACUGUCAUUUCGCCGAGGGUAUGGGUGAUCCCAAAUACAUGCCCAUUAAAGAAUGGCCCCAGCUUACAAACUUGCUUGACGAAGCUCUAGCUAAUUACAAUGACCUGGUAUCAGGAAUGAAUUUAGUGAUGUUUGAAGAUGCAAUGCAUCAUGUUUGCCGUAUAAACCGUCUACUUGAAUCACCUAGAGGUAGUGUAUUGUUAGUAGGAGUUGGUGGUAGUGGAAAGCAAUCUCUGUCUCGUUUAGCAUCCUUUAUUUCCGGACUUGAGGUUUUUCAAGUGCAGUUAAAAAAAAACUAUUCGAUAAACGAUUUAAAACUAGAUUUAGCUGAAUUAUAUUUGAAAGCUGGAUUAAAAAGUAUUGGAAUAACUUUUCUUAUGUCGGACUCACAAGUUGCGCAAGAAAAUUUUUUAGUCGUCGUUAAUGACAUGCUGGCAUCUGGCGAAAUAGUCGAGCUUUUUCCGGACGAUGAAGUUGAUAGCAUAAUAAAUACCCUUCGUAAUGAGGUAAAGCUCACUGGGCUGAUGGACACGAGAGAGAAUUGCUGGAAAUUCUUUAUCGAUCGUGUAAGAAAGCAACUCAAAUGCGUGUUGUGUUUCUCGCCGGUUGGAAUGACUUUGAGGAAGAGGGCUAGACAGUUUCCGGCACUGGUCAAUUGUACGUCCAUCAACUGGUUCCAAGAUUGGCCACUCAAUGCUUUGGAGUCCGUUUCUACUAGAUUUAUCUCUCAUUUAAACGAAUUAACAGAAGAAUAUAAAGGAUCAGUAUCAAAAUUUAUGUCAUUUGUACACACAAGUGUCAAUGAAAUGUCAAAAAAUUAUUUGCUCAAUGAAAAACGUUACAAUUAUACAACACCUAAAUCGUUUCUUGAACAAAUAUCACUCUAUUCAAAACUAUUAGUUGACAAAAUAAAUAAUUUGAAAUCACGGAUUGUAAAGCUCGAGAACGGAAUUAUAAAAUUGGAAUCCUGCGCUGGACAGGUAGACGAGCUGAAAGAGAUUCUGGCUGUUCAGGAAGUUGAGUUGAAUAAGAAGAACGAGAUAGCUGACAAAAUCUUAGCGGAGGUACGAGAAGAGAAUACAAAAGCGGAAGUGGAGAAGGCGAUAGUUUCUGAGGAGGAAGCCAGAGUAGCUGAGAUUAAGGAGCGAGUGUCACUGAGACAAAAAAGGUGCGAUGAGGAUUUGGCUAAAGCUGAACCGGCUGUAAGACAAGCUGAAGCUGCUUUAGAUACUUUGAACAAGAACAAUUUGACUGAGCUCAAGUCCUUUGGUACGCCACCAGAAGCCGUAGCAAUUGUUGCCCAAGCGGUUUUAGUACUCUUUUCCCCAAAGGGCAAAAUCCCAAAGGAUCGAAGUUGGAAGGCCUGCAAAGCAAUGAUGGGUGGAGCUGAUGCUUUUCUCUCUUCGCUUCGGAAGUACGACAAGGAGAAUAUUCAUCCGGAUGUUGUAAAAGCCAUACAACCUUAUAUAAAUGACAAAGAAUUUGAUCCAGACAUUAUUUAUUCAAAGUCCCAGGCUGCUGCGGGCUUGUGCAGUUGGGUUAAAAAUAUUAUGGUGUUUCAUUACAUAAAUCUAAAUGUUAAACCCUUAAGAGCUGCACUGGCUCAAGCCAACGCCGAGUUAAAGGCUUCCAUGGAAAAAUUGGUCCAUUUGCGUCAACGUUUAGCCGAGUUACAAAAAGAAUUGGAUGUGCUCAGUGAAAAAAUGAGUGUUGCGGUCGCUGAAAAACAAAAGUGUCAAGAUGAAGCUGACACGACUGCACUGACUAUUGAUUUAGCGAACAGAUUAGUAAAUGGUCUUGCUUCGGAAAAAAUACGCUGGGCGAAAACUAUUGAUAUCUUAAAGACGUCAUGUGAAACCGUACCGGGUGAUAUGUUACUGGCGACAGCAUUUAUAUCUUACGUUGGAUGUUUUACUCGUCAGUAUAGACACGACUUGAUAAAUCUACAUUGGAUACCGUUUUUAGAUAAAUUGGAGCCUCGGAUACCGCGUAAUAAGGACUUGGACAUUCUACCACUAUUAACAGACGAUGCGCAAAUUGCACAAUGGAAUAAUGAUGGUUUACCAACGGACAAAAUGUCUACUGAAAACGCAACAAUAUUUUUGAAUUCCUCACGAUGGCCAUUAAUAAUCGAUCCACAGCUACAAGCUAUCAAAUGGAUAAAAGCGAUGUACAAAGAUAAUAUUAUAAUAUUACGUCUAGAUCAGAGAAAUUAUUUAGAACGAAUAGAAUUGGCGAUUUCGAGCGGUGAAAUUGUCCUGGUAGAAAAUAUCGCCGAGACCGUCGACGCCGUUCUCGAUCCUGUUUUGAGUCGGAAUUUAAUUAAAAAGGGCCGGGCAAUUAAAGUUGGAGAUAAAGAAAUCGAUUAUAAUGCAGAAUUCCGUCUAAUUUUACAAACUAAACUUUCUAAUCCACAUUACAAGCCGGAAAUACAGGCGCAAACAACUUUAAUUAAUUUCACAGUAACGAAGGAUGGAUUGGAGGAACAGUUAUUGGGUGAUGUUGUUAAAGUUGAGCGUCCAGAUUUAGAAAAUAGCAAAGCCGAGUUGACGAAACAACAAAAUACCUACAAAAUAACUCUUAAAAAAUUGGAAGAUGAUUUAUUGCAGAGAUUAUCAACAGCCGGGCCAAAUAUACUAAGCGAUGUUGUGUUGGUUAUUAAUCUAGAGACUACGAAAAAAAUGUCUGACGACAUUGAAAUAAAAGCUACGGAAGCUAAAAUAACAGCCCGUAAAAUAGAUGAAGCACGUGAAUCAUACCGUCCAGCUGCUUCGCGAGCAAGUCUUUUGUAUUUUAUAUUAAAUGAUUUGUAUAAAAUAAAUAUGCUGUAUCAGUUUUCGCUGAAGGCCUUCAGCGUUGUUUUUAACAACGCGAUUAAAUUUGCUGAGACUUCAACGAACUUGAAAAAACGCGUGCAAUUACUUAUUGACAGCAUUACGUACCUUGUUUUUGUUUACACCAGCCGCGGAUUAUUCGAGUGUGAUAAACUUGUUUUCUUGUUACAAAUGAUUAUUCAGAUAUUGUUAGAUAAAAAUGAAAUAUCACGAUCAGAAUUAGAUUUUCUCCUUCGGUAUCCCCACAAUACUGAUGUCGUAAGCCCUGUCGAGUUUUUAAGUAAUGCAGGUUGGGGCGGAAUUAAGUAUCUGAGCGGUUGUAGUAUGACGGAAUUCAGGAAUCUUGAUCGUGAUAUCGAGGGUGCGGCUAAAAGAUGGAAAAAGUUUGUUGAAUCUGAAACACCGGAAAAAGAUAAAUUCCCACAAGAAUGGAAAAGUAAAUCUGCGCUACAGAGAUUAUGUAUUAUGCGAUGUUUGAGGAUUGAUCGUAUGACUUAUGCAAUAAGAUGUUUCGUUGAAGAAAAAUUAGGCCCACGUUUUAUAGAAACGCGAUCACCGGCAUUUGAAAAAUCAUUUGAAGAAAUGAGUUCUAUUACACCAGUAUUUUUUAUUCUUUCACCUGGAGUCGAUCCUCUUAAAGAUGUAGAAAAGUUAGGAAAGCAGCUAGGAUUCACGUUUGACAAACAAAAUUUCCACAAUGUAUCUUUGGGUCAAGGACAAGAACUCGUAGCAGAAGAUAAAAUGAAAAUAGCCGCCGCAAAUGGUCACUGGGUCAUCUUGCAAAAUAUUCAUUUGGUUAAGAGUUGGUUGCCGAAUUUAGAGAAAAGAAUGGAACAAUUUUCAACGGAUUCAAAUGAAAAUUACCGUUUAUUUAUGAGCGCGGAACCGAGUAUUGAUCCACAUGAAUCAUUAAUACCUCAAGGAAUUUUAGAGUCUGCUAUAAAGAUAACAAACGAACCGCCAACAGGAAUGCAUGCGAAUAUUCAUAAAGCACUGGAUAAUUUUAAUCAAGAAACUCUUGACUCAUGCACUAAAGAAUCUGAAUUCAAAGGAAUUUUAUUCGCACUUUGUUAUUUUCAUGCCGUCGUUGCUGAAAGAAGAAAAUUUGGAUCCCAAGGAUGGAACAGAAUAUAUCCAUUCAAUGUCGGCGAUUUAACAAUCAGCAUAUCGGUACUGAUUAAUUACCUCGAAAAUAAUCUUAAAGUACCAUGGGAAGAUUUACGUUAUCUAGUUGGGGAAAUAAUGUACGGCGGACAUAUCACUGAUGACUGGGAUCGUCGAUUAUGUCGGACAUAUUUAUAUGAAUAUUUACAACCAGAUUUAAUUGACGGUGAUUUAAAUUUAGCGCCCGGAUUUAUUGCACCGCCUAAUAGUGAUUACGAUAGUUAUCAUCAAUAUAUUGACAAUUAUUUACCUCCCGAAAGCCCGAUACUUUAUGGGCUCCAUCCAAAUGCUGAAAUUGGCUUUCUAACGGCCACUGCAGAAAAUUUAUUCAAAGUAGUCUUAGAAAUGCAACCAAAAGACUCAGGUGAAGUCCAAGGAUCUGGGUCAUCGCGGGAAGAAAAAUUGCGCGGUAUCAUUGAAGAUAUUCUUGAUAAAUUACCUGAGGAAUUUAAUACUACUGACUUAAUGAGUAAAGUCGAAGAUCGUACGCCAUUUGUAAUAGUUGCGUUCCAGGAGUGCGAAAGAAUGAAUAUUUUAUGCGAUGAACUUCGCCGUUCACUUAAAGAAUUAGAACUUGGACUGAAAGGUGAAUUAACAAUAAAUGCAGAGAUGGAAGAUUUACAAAAUUAUUUACUCAUGGAUUUUGUACCGCCGUCAUGGACAGUACGCGCAUACCCAUCAACACUUGGGCUCACUAAUUGGUUCGCUGAUAUGUUAAACAGAAUCACCGAAUUAUCCAAUUGGACUGCGGACUUUUUACUGCCGUCAUCAGUAUGGUUGGGAGGUUUGUUCAAUCCCCAGUCAUUUCUAACAGCAAUAAUGCAGCAAACAGCCAGAAAAAAUGAGUGGCCAUUAGACAACAUGUGUCUACACUGUGACGUUAUGAAGAAAAGUAGAGAAGAAAUAGCAUCAGCACCCCGGGAAGGUGCUUACAUCAACGGCCUGUAUAUGGAAGGCGCCCAGUGGGACACUCAAUCAAAUGGAAUUAUUGACGCGCGGUUAAAAGAUUUGUACCCGCAGAUGCCCGUUAUCUACAUAAAGGCAAUUACUCAGGACAAACAAGAUGUUAAAAAUAUUUACGAGUGUCCCGUUUACAAAACUAAAUCACGCGGGCCCACUUACGUCUGGACUUUUAAUUUGAAAAGCAAAGACAAGCCGGCAAAGUGGACGCUUGCUGGCGUCGCUAUUUUAUUACAAAUUUAA